UUGGUUAUUCCGGGAGCAUCUUGGUUUCAUUUUUCGCUCAUCUUUUAUGUUCUCCCAUGUUACCUCCAGAUAACCGGAGCCUGCUUUAUCCUUUUCUAUGCUGUGCCAAGUGACACACUUCUCAUAGAUACAGCUGGCCCAUCUGCACCAAUUACCCCUUGUCUCUUUGCCUCGAGUUCUCUCCCUGGCCAACCAUCUGGUGAUUCAUACUUACCCACAUUUAGUAUUGUCGAGGAUGGACUCGUUGUUCAGAUGACUCCUGGUCAGUUGCAUCAGCUAGUGGAUAACUUAGCUGCGGGAUUACCUUACUUUUUGCCAGAUCGCACCAUUUGCACAUCAAAAGUUACAUCUCUGAAUUGUUCUGAAAAGCCACAAUCGAAAUUGCCAACAGCGAUGGCUGCUGUAGAAACGCAUGUAUCUGGUUGUUCUCUUAAUAAUGAACAACUGAAGGGACGGCUGAAAAGUAUGGCCAACGCAGCCAGUGCCCUGCGCUUGGGACUACGCUUGCCUCAGCCGACUGUCAGACCUAUUUGUUCUCCGCCACUUGACAAUUCUGGCCAAUCGCCACAAUCCCUCCAUCGGCCUCAGUCUAUAUUAUCUUCAUCAUCUCAUCAGCCGUUACCAACUGGAGAAACAACCGCGAGUCUGUGUAGGCUGCGCGUCGUCUGGCUAACAGGGACAGAUGAAUCAGAAGGUGAAACCGAGGUAGGACCAGGCUGGGAGGAAGAUUUUUGCAAUCCGGGCUCACCCAGACCGCGCUGCCUGGUGCCACAAGCCUUGAUGAACUUUUUUGUAGUAUUUCCAAAAAGUCUUGAUAAUUUAUUUAAUCAAUUUUACUUUAAAAAAAUUUCAAAACGCUAUGAACUCAUUGCUUCUCAUAAAUUACCACUGGCGUUCGCCUGA